GAGAGUUGCUCCAUCAAUUCUUGCUCUCACUCUCUUCCUUCCAAGUCAGCCUCAACAUGGCUCUGUGGACAUUCGUCCUCCUUGACCCAGUCUCAGUUUUCUUGCUGCUUGCGCUGAUCUUCCUAACGAUAUUCUGGUUUCUGAGCAGCAGCCAUGGGAAAUCACCUCUGCCCCUGCCUCCAGGUCCUCGUCCACUCCCAGUCAUUGGCAAUUUGCAUUUGAUAGAUAUCAGAAGACAAGAUUUAUCAUAUAUGAAGGUGAGAUGUGGUGAUGGCUUGUGGUGGGAGGGAGGGAGGCGUUGGUUUUCAGUGCAGCCAACGUAGAGUUUAGCUUUCCGUAAAUCCCUGAGUAUCGUUUCACAGUGUGAUUUUCAGAGCAGAUCACUUGCGAUUAUGAUGGUGAAAAUGUUAAACUCCUUAAAUAAUAUUCGAGGUCCAAGGCUGUAGUCCUACAUACCAGGGGCAGAAAACCAGGGUUCAGAAUUAGAGGGCUGCUCCAGGUCUCCCCCACCUCAGAGACCACCUACCAAUUUUGGCAGUGGCAUGAAGAGAACCUGGGGCAUGACUACCUGCAGCAGCACCUCAUUUGCAGAGCAGAAGCAAAUCAGUUACGUAAGUUUUCUGGGGUAUUUUGUAGCUUCAUCCAUCCUGACCCAGUGCUAUGAUCAGCAUCUGAUGAGUCAUCCAGUGAGAUUGUCCCCACUCCCCUCGCCGACACCUUGGCCCUCUUGACAGCUAAGAGCGCAGUUUUUGGAGAGGUGACUGGUCACAAGGAUCUAAAGUAGCCAGGGAAGAUGCGUACUUGUUUCUCUGCUGCCACCAACAAGGCCUUUUUUCCAGCUGUGGGGCAGGGGAGAUAAAAUCCCCUCUUUUGCACUGGUUUAUUUGACUGAAAAUAUUCAUACACCGCUAUUCAUAAAAAAUAAAAAAGAUGCCAGGGCAAUUCACAAUUGGAACAAUAAAACCAUACAAUAGAAACCAUAUUUAAAAACUUAAAAUUAGAAAUCAGCUGACUAUGGCGGAAAGAUAUCUUCUUCAUUGCUUGCAUUUGUUUACAGCAGGUGUUUAAAAGGUUGAAACAGAAGGUGCCUUCUGAAUCUCUAUUGACACAGGACUGGACUGAUGACAAUGGCUCGGUUUCAUGUUGUUGUCAAGUGAGCCUCACAAACUCAGGGAAUGAAAAGAGACGCUCUUGCAGAUGAUCUCUGUGAUCAAGCUGGGAUAUAAGGGUCCAGGCAGACCCAGAGGUACCUUAGACCCAAGUUGCGGAGGGCUUUAGUGCAAGGACUUGAACCUGGCUCGGUAGCAGGUGACAGAUGCUUUAAUCAUGGAGUCACAUGGCUACUAAUAAUGAACCAUAUGAUGUAGAUAUUACUGCAAAUUUAUUAUGCUGUUUUUGUGAUGCAGAAAUGACAAGAGGAGAUUUGGUAUACUUAUCUGUGUCAUUUAUUAUUCCUAUGAGCUUUGUUCAUGAAACCCAUUAAAAAGUUAUUCAAAACAACGAUUCUACACCCAUUGGAGCUUCCGAACAAGCUCCAAGGGCACCCACACAUAGGGCGCAUUGCAGUAAUCCAGCCUCAAGGUUUCCAGCAGCAGUCGGGCUAUCUCUGAUCACUUGUUGUUCAUGGGGGGCGGGGGAGCAGAAAUCACUGACCCAUUGAAGGUUGCACACACACAAUAAAUCACAUUAUGCACACAAAAAUUCACAUUGUUUAUCAAUUACUUAUUAUCCAGAGGUUAAAUAAGGUGCAUUUUCAGCUCCUAAAAUUUCCUGGAAACAAACUUGCAAUCAGCACAGCUGUGGUUUUGGUUUUUUUAAGAGUUGAAGGAACCCUCCUGUCCCUUUUAACCUGGCAAACUAUUUUCUCUUAUUGUUUUGAAAUUUCAUGAGGUUCUGAAUAUCAGAGAAUGAGCACUUUAGCACAUAAGGUAUUGUUUGUAAAAAAGAAAGAAAGAAAAGAAGAUCUGUUGUAGACAUAAACAGCCCUCUUGUUUCACCUAAAUGAUUCAGUGGAACUACUUAAAAAGUAUUGGAGUCUCCAGCACAAACUGAAAUUUGUUCUUUUUGAAAAAACAAAAGUAGGAUCCAUUUCAGUUUGGGCCGCACCACUGUUUGCGGUGGGAACAUCUUAAAACAGAUUGGAAGCAGAUUCUUUCUCCCCCCAAAAAAUUUUGGGCACUUUAGUUUACCCCUCUCAGAGUUCCAAUUCCCAGUGACUCUUAACAAACUACAGCGCCCAGAUUUCUUUGAAGGAAAGGAUGUGCUUUGAAUGUGGUUUUAAAGGUCUAGCAUGUACAAAGCCAGAGGCAGAUUUAGGACUGCAUGACCAGUUCUGCUGGACCGGGCACUGAGCCUAGCGGGCGCCGCAGGGCGUUGCAACCAUGAUGUAGUGAAUUUAGCAGAAUGGAGGGCAAGAGGCAGAGGGGUUCCAAAUUUUGGCCUUGCACAGGGUGCUGCUGAAAUUUGAAAGAUCAAACUUCCCAAUCAAUCCCUCUUCCCAGGGAACACUGGAAACUGUAGUCCUGUGAGGGGAAUAGGGGGUCUCCCAGCAACUCUCAGCACCCUUAACAAACUACAGCUCCCAUAAUUCUUUGGAGGAUGGGGAGCCAUGACUGUUUAAAGUGUAUCAUAGUGCUUUAAAUGUACGGUGCAAAUGUAGCUGCUUUUGAUCCUACUUUUCCAAUUGAGCCCUGCCUGUGACCAUUUCUCAUUCACACCCAUGUUCCCCUCACAGAACUACAAUUCCCAGAGUUCCCCCCUUCUCUGAAUUUCCACCACCACCACCAUUCUUGUAGCAUUGCUGUGCUUUGGCUAGACUAAAAAAGAGAUGAAAGAUGGAAAGCAAACCAUCAACAUGCCCUGCCUCGUUGUAAAGUUCAACACAAAGGCAAAGAACAGUUGUGUGGUGAUGUUAACAAAAUCUGCUCCUUUUGCCUUAUGGGGUAUCCAAGAGCCUGUAUACGAGGCUCGGUAGGAGAAAUAACAGAGGCCAACCAGAGAAUAUUGAGAAGCCAAGCAGCUAGUAAGCCUGAUCUUUAUUGAACUGUUGCAACAGGGUCCUCACUCACCACACGCAGGAGAACAGUGGUGCGCAAGCCCUUAUAUUGACUUUUGAAAUUGCCCACCCUGUAGCUCAAGAACACUCCCCAAAACAUCAUACAUACCGCACAGAAGGAGGCAGUCUACAACAGAAAUCCUGUCUACCAGGAUACCUGACAAUGGCCAGAUUCUUUUGUGAUGGUAAAUACUUUAAUUGCUGAAUCCAGGUCACAGGCUCACCCUAUUCAUACACAAAGAUGCCCUAAAGACAGGUAAGCAAAAGACAAUAUAGAGGCUUUUCCAUUUCCUUUCUCCUUGCAGAGAAACAUUUGAGGUCAAUUUGGGAGAAUCAGAAUGGUUUCAGGAUUGUUCUCCUGUACGAUUUCAGACAUGUGGUUUACAUACUUAUGUAUAUGUUUGCCUUGUAAAUUUAUGAACAUUUAAUUUAUAUAUUUGAGACCUUAAGUUCUUAUAACAGUGGCAAUAAGGUGUUUUAUAUUUGCUUGGGCUUCUUCCCCCCGCCCGAAGUGGCACCAAAGAAUGAUUAUGAAAGGAGAUAAACUUUAUUUCAUCUUCACAGGAAGCUUCCAUUCAUCUUGCCGUAUUGAUUUUCUCAUGCUCCGACAAGGCAGUGGAUCCCCCUCCCCCUCACUGGAAUAGUGGAAGGGUGGGGGGGCAAGAAUGGACUAUUGCAACCCUAUUUCCAUUCUCCAAGAGCCACACAACUGCAGAACUGUUGCACAACAGAAUGCUUUUCACCACUUGGAAAAGUUGAAGAGCUUAGCUCUUGCAUCCUCCUCUGGCAGCCUGCAGCACUGCAUGUGAAAUUUUUCAGCUUUCAAAUUCCAAAAAUGAGAGGUGCUGAAAAGUUGUAAAAUGACUUGGGAAUUCAAAAGAUAUUUUGGUUAAAUUAAAAUAAUUUAGUUUCCCUUAGUAAGUAAAAUGUAUGUAAAAUUGCAUAGAAAUAAUUAAAAACAAUUGCCAAAUACUUGCAGCUCCCUCCCAAGGGAGUCUCUCCCACUGUCAAACAGCUCUUACUAUAAGAAAGUUCUUCCUGAUGACUUAAAAUAAACAACUUAUAUAAAAGAAAGUAAUAUGCAACAAUCUAUUAGAGUGUAAUAGCAUGCUAUAGAAUCAACUCUUGAAACAUCGACAAACAGAAAUUCACUCUCAACAAUUGCAAUAAAUCAUUACUUAAAUUAUAAUCAAGAAAAACGUAACAGCAAGCUCAUCUUCUCUUCCAGCUUUCAGAAAAAUAUGGCCCAGUCUUCACGGUCUAUUUAGGUUUCCAGAAGUUUUUGGUGCUGACUGGCUACGAGGCUGUGAAAGAGGCGCUUACGAGCAAAGGCAAUGAAUUCAUAAACAGGCCUCCACUCCCAAUAUUCCAGCAGAUGCAGAAUGGACACGGUAAGAGCAACAUGGGAAGAAUACUUUCUGAUGCAUAUUGUUCCUAAACGGGGCUGCAAGGGCAGCUGAAGGAAGGCAGGGAGAAGCACUAGAAUUUGGGUGCUGUUAAAGGUCAGAACUUGUGUCUGUUCCUUUUAAUUAGUUGUAUAACAGAGUUUGAAUUAUGCUUUUGAAUUAUGGUGCUGGAGGAGACUUGAGAGUCCCAUGGACUGCAAGAAGAUCAAACCUCUCCAUUCUGAAGGAAAUCAGCCCAGAAUGCUCACUGGAAGGACAGAUCCUGAAGCUGAGGCUCCAAUACUUUGGCCACCUCAUGAGAAGAGAAGACUCCCUGGAAAAGACCCUGAUUUUGGGAAAGAUGGAGGACACAAGGAGAAGGGGAUGACAGAGGACAAGACGGUUGGACAGUGUUCUCGAAGCUACCAGCAUGAGUCUGACCAAACUGCGGGAGGCAGUGGAAGGCAGAAGUGCCUGGCGUGCUCUGGUCCAUGGGGUCACGAAGAGUCGGACACGACUAAAUGACUAAACAACAAUAUCACAGAGCUGGCCCCCACAGAGCUGCAAUUCCCAGCACCCUUAAAGAGCUACAUUUCCCAGGAUUCUUUAGGGGUGGUGGAAAUGUGCUUUGAAUGUAUGGCGUAUAUGCAGCUCAUGUCCCAUAUCUGAAGGAGUACCGAAACCUGCCUAAUUUUUCAGAUCCUUUGCCAAAGCCCUGCUCCAUCCGUCUGUGCGUUCCAGUGUGAGGUAGCUGGCUACUUGGGAGAAGGUCUUCUCUGCAGCCACGCCUCACAUGUGGAAUUUUCUCUCCAGACAUGUUCUACUUUGCUAGCAUUUGUGGGGGUGGGGUGAAGGAAGAAGAAGCCAAGUGGAGAGAGGGGCAGAAAGUGGGGAGCAAGAGGGUCUUCUCCCUUCCUGAUUAACUCACUUGCUUUCCCAGAUGUGCACGAGUGGGUGUGAGAGAACAAGGGAGGUGCCUUGCAUGUGUUUAUGUGAGAAAGAGCUGUGGGUCUGUGUGCAUGUGUGUAUAUUUAUACACACACACACACACACACACACUUGCCUGCUUGUUCCCAGGGGCAUCUGAUGGGACCCUCUAGAGAGCCGCUUGCCGGACUAGAUGGAUCCUUCGAUCUCAUCCAGCAAGUCCCUCUUAGGUCUUCAUGUUCUGAUCACUUAAGCCCCCACAGAACUAAUUUAUAUAUUACUUGGAUUGGAUAACUCCCCCGAAAAUUCUUCUUUGUGUCUUUCGUUUGUUAAUACCCUCAAACAAUACAUUUUUUCCUUAAAAUCAACAACUCCCCUCUAACCUAUCGAAAAGGAUGUUUUUGGUUCAACCUUGCAUACGGAGAUCUAAUUUUCCUGCUUACCCAGCAGCAUACCUUCCUGGCUUGCUUGUGGGUGUAUUGGCUCGGGCUGAUGGGAGAUGUAGUCCAAAACCUCUAAAAGGGCACCAUAUUGGCAAAGGCUGCAGCAGAGCAGAAGGAGCUGGGUAGAACGAAGCAAUGCAUCAGUCUUGCAGCUUCUGUGGCCCUUCCUGGUGCCUUGGUAGGACUUGAUGAAGAGCAUGCCUCAGUUAUUGCUUCCUGCUCCUGAGUAUUUUUUCACCGACAAAAGGCUUUGUGCUGGUUGGCAGUGGAGGCUGGUUCAUUUGGAAAGAUGGGGCACUGCCCUACAAACCUCAGCCAGCCUCCACUUACAUCCAAUCACUGCCUGUCAUCUUUCUCCUCCUCCUCUUCAGUCUCAGUGUUGCCCUUACAGAACUCAGCAGGGAGGAAGAUGGGGGCAAAACUUGAAUUAGUUGGCUCUUCGAGUCAUCAGCUCUGGUGCCACCUACUGUUAGCCUCCCUGCCUUCAGGGUCAGACUUUGGGCUCUCACAUUUCAGCGGCGCCCUGUGCGACACUAAAAUUCAGUGACCCCUGCCUCUUGCACUCUGUUCUACAGCAUUGUUGUGGUGCCCAGUGCAGCUGCACCAGUCACUCUACCCUAAAACCACCUCUGCUGUCCUCCACCCUACUAGUCGCAUUGGGCACCAUCCACCACUGCUGCUAGGUGUGUGCUGGGGCUGCUGCUGAUCUGCGGUUCAGCUUAGGCUUGGUACUGCGCCUGCUGCUGAGGGAUGAGUGUGGAAGGUCAACUAGACCGUGGCAACUAGGCAGUGGCACCUGCAGCCUGGCUGAGAAGGGUCUUUUCCAGAGUGGGAGCUUCCAGGGGUCCUGCAGGAUAUGCCAUACGUCCAACUUCCCCCUCCCCAUAUGUGCUAGAGCCAGAGGUAAGAACAUUUCCAGACAGGUGGGUUGGGAUCCCAGUCUACGCAGCUUUUGAAUUGGAAGAAAACUUCAUCCUUGUGUUUUCUGGGUUGUGUUCCUCAGGUGUAAUUUUCUCUGAUGGGGAACUUUGGAAAGCCACACGUCGAUACACCUUGGCAAGCUUGCGGGAUCUCGGGAUGGGCAAAAAACGGAUAGAAGGAAAGAUUCAAGAAGAGCUGCAAUUCCUGGCUGAGCUGAUCGAGUCUUUUAAAGGUGAUGCAUUUUUUUUCACUUUUAUUGCUCCUUUUCUAUGCCUGCCAUCUGGCAAGUGCCACUGUGUUUAUUCUCCAUUCUUUUCUUCUUCUUUUAUGUUUUAAAGGUGAACCCUUUCCACUGAAGACAUUAACUUUAGCUGCAACAAACAUCGCCUAUGGCAUGGUGUUUGGAGACAGGUUUGACUAUGCUGACGAGACUUUUCUCACUCUGUUAAAACACAUUGAUGAAGUGGUGGUCCAGCUGGGAGAACCACAGCUGCAGGUAGGCGAUCAUUCUUGCAUCUUCCAUUGCAAAAGUAAUCCAGACUUGGCUGGUGGUUUUAGAAACUCCACAUGCUGGCCAGUGGAAAAGGGUGCCGUGCCUUAGAAACUGGUUUGAUGCAGUCUAGAAUCCCGGAGAUUUCUCAGGUACAGUGGUACCUCAGGUUAAGUACUUAAUUCGUUCCGGAGGUCUGUACUUAACCUGAAACUGUUCUUAACCUGAAGCACCACUUUAGCUAAUGGGGCCUCCUGCUGCCGCUGCACCACCAGAGCACGAUUUCUGUUCUCAUCCUGAAGCAAAGUUCUUAACCUGAGGUAAUAUUUCUGGGUUAGCGGAGUCUGUAGCGUAUGUAACCUGAAGCGUAUGUAACCCGAGGUACCACUGUGUACACUAAUCAUUUUGUAGCAGUAAAACCACAACCAAGUGUGCUUUGUAAACACACCACAGGCAAAGCAACAAUGUGAUGGGCACUUAGAUAUCAACAACUUUUAUUAUUAUAUAUGUUGACAUCAUGCCUUUCCCCCAGACUGGGACUCAAGGUGGCUUACAACCAAAUUAAAAGAUCAUCGGUAAAAUACAAAAAGCUAAUGACAUUUAAAAGACCACCAUUAAAAAGUAAUGAAAUUCAAAUAGCAUUAAAGCAAGCAUGAAUAAACUGCUUCUGGCGCAUGGAACAAUGUGAUGAGUGCCAGUGUGCGUGCAAAUGCUGUUUACCUUCCUGCCGCAGCGAUACCUAUUUAUCUACUUGUGCUGGCGUACUUUCGAACUGCUAGGUUGGCAGGAGCUGGGAAAGAGCAACGGAGCUCACACUGUCACGGGGAUUCGAACUGCCAACCUUACGAUCGGCAAGCCCAAAACGCUUGGUGGUUUAGACCACAGUGCCCCCUGCAGAGCAGCUGUACGAAACUGGCUUUACUCUCCAAGUGGAAAACUGGAACUGUCCUUGAGUCAGGCUGGAAAGAAAUGUUUUUAUUUGAAGCCAAAAUGAGUUUGGGCUCCCGUCAUCUCUCUCUCCCCGCUCUCCUUACUGAGCGGGGGCCUAGCCUGUAGGUUCCCGCCAACCCAUCUACAAACAUCAGUUUGUCCUGGAAGUCUUCGCAGCCCUCCCACGCAGAUCCUGUUGCACAGUGCGUAGCUGGUGUUUAAAUUAAAACCACAUGUAAACGGAGCGAAGCCUUUUUAGGCUGGGAUUAAGCCACUGUUGCUCCACCCAUCAAUAACCUUUCAAGCCCCAAAUCUGAAAGUCUUUGUGUAGGUUCUCCUCACCAUUCCCCCCCCCCCACUUGCCCUGCCCUAUGCCUCCCUUCAAGGGACACUAAAACGCUUCGGGUCACUGGGAAAGGGAUGGAGGACAGAAGGCAAAUCUGUGGUGCUAAGCUCACACUAUCUCUCCAAAAUGUCAGAUUCCAAUGAGGCAUUCCCAUAGCCUUUCAAACGAUUCCCCUAAUUCAGUCUCUAUCGCAUAGCAUGCCACUUUCAGGAACGCCACCAAGAUGACUCAAAGGCCCCUUGCACAAACCCAACGGGAAGAAAUGGGAGUUGUGCAAGAGCACCCUAUCUGCAACAGAAUUACUGUCACAUCUUUCUUGCAUGCAAUCUUUACUUGACUUUUCAUUUACUUCUCUUUUUGGGUUCUUCUCUAGGUAUAUAAUGUCUACCCAUUCCUUGGAUUCCUUUUAAAACCCCACAAGAUGAUCUUGGAAACAAUGGAAAAGACCCGUGUCAUUCUGAGGGAAUACCUUGCAGCAGGCAAGAAGAGUAUCAAUGAGAACCUCUUACAAAACUACUACGACUAUAUGCUAACCAAGCAACAGUCAGAGGUAUAUCUAUCUAUCUAUCUAUCUAUCUAUCUAUCUAUCAUCUAUCUAGAUAUAAGGCCAACUUUUCCAGUGCUUAUUUGGCGCUUGGUGGGGUGUUGGUGUGUAUCUGCAUGUCUGUUCCCCAGUAAGUUAUGUGCAGAGGAUAAAUCAUGUCCCUAAACAGUGCAUUAGCUGAGUUUGAAAGUGGUACAAAAUUCAGGGAAAGGGACAGAAGUGGGCAAUCUCAACCAUGAUGCUGAGUAAGUCUCAGAACAGCCUGCCAAGGUUAGCCGGUGGGCCAAUGAGAGAAUGGCUAGAGUGACAAAUGAGAAAUUGUUUAUUUGCUUGUUGAGAAGAUUCAGUAUUUAUUUUCCCAGGGCAGUUGUUGGUCAAGGAAACAUAUUAGCAGCAAAUUCAUCAGCUAAGAUGACCACCCUAGUGGUCCCGGGCCCUAAGGAAGUUAGAUUAGCCUCAACCAGAGCCAGGGCCUUUUCAACUCUGGCUCCGGCCUGGUGGAACGCUCUGUCUCAUGAGACCAGGGCCCUGCGGGAUCUGAUUUCUUUCCGCAGGGCCGGUAAGACAGAGUUGUUCCGCCUGGCCUUUGGCUUGGAGCCAAUUUGAUUCCCUCCCCCCCUUUCUUUUUCCUUUUUCCUUUCUCCUCCUGUGAUGAGGCUGCAUUUUAACAUUUUAAUGUUUCAAUAUUUUAAUGUUGUAUUUUAAUCUUGUUUUUAAGUUGUAUUCAUUCAACUUGUUUUUAUUAUUGCUUGUUAGCCGCCCUGAGCCCGGCCUUGGCUGGGGAGGGCGGGGUAUAAAUAAAAAUUAUUAUUAUUAUUAUAAGAUAACCUUUUGGCUUAUUUUCCAUUCCUUGCCUUGAGAAGCAGAUUUUGCCAUUCUGUGGUUCAUCGGUUCUGCUGUUUUACUGUGUUGUGAUAUUGUUGCACAUCACCCCAAUGUCUGAACAUUGCAAGUUUCCAGGGGUUCCAGGCACACUUACCCAGGGUUCGUGUUUCCUUCUGGCAGUGAGGCAUCUUUUUCUGUCUCAUUCAUAUCAUAGCAACCCCAAUUCUCUCUAAACUCUGGCUGUAUAUGUUGAGGGAGAGAGGGGCCCCUUCUGUUUGCCAUCUUAGACAGAGUCCCUGGAUCCUUUGUUCUUCCUAAUGGCUCAUUACCCAGGGUAUCACCUCAUGAGGAAGUUAACCUGGCUUAAUUAGCUCUUAACACUUGGCUUAAUUAAAGGAUUAGAAGUGUCUAGCACACAGCUUAAUGCACACUGGCUUAAUCUAUACGGGUCUGGCACCUAGUCUUAACAUCAAGCCCUGAUGAAAUUCUAACUCCUGCUAGACCCAGAAAUUUAGGGUGUCUAACACCCACAAACUCAUAACAGUAUUUUCCUGUUAGCUACUUUGAGCUUUGUGUCCUGGCUCUAACCCUGGAUGAAAAACUCAAGCUUGGAGCAUGGUUCGUUCCAUAAUAUUUAAUAAUAAUAAUAAUAAUAAUAAUAAUAAUAAUAAUAAUAUAAUAAUAAUAAUAAUUUAUUUAUACCCCACCCAUCUGCCUGGGCUUCCCCAGCCACUCUGGGCGGCUUCCAAAAAAAUAUUAAAAUACUAUAAUACAUCAAACAUUAAAAGCUUCCCUAAACAGGGCUGCUUCAGCAUGAUAUGUAGGCAAAGUAAGAUUCAAGGCAAGUGCUGUGCAUGGCUAAUAAUAAUAAUAAUGAUAAUAAUAAUUUAAUUUAUACCCCACCUAUCUGGGCGGUUUACAGCAUAUCUAAAAACAUAAAACAUCAAGCAUUAAAAACCUCCCGAUACCAGGCUGCCUUCAGAUGUCUUCUAAAAGUUGUGCAAUUCUUUAUCUCCUUGACAUCUGAAAGGAGGGCAUUCCACAGGGAGGGCGCCACUACCGAGAAGGCUAAGCAAGCUUGAUCCAACAAACAAACAUGCCUCCUGUUAUAUGGGAAUGGAGCAGGCACAACUUCAGCGCAGCAGCAGCUGGCACCAAAGCCGGCAUGUGACUCAGGGGCAGCGCAGCCAGGGAGAUGGAGGAAGGAACACAGCAGAGCACUGAGAGACUGCACUGCUGAGACCCUCCCCAGGAACUGAUUCCUUGUCUGUAACGUAAUGAAGGAGCAGGCCCGCACCUUUGUUAUAUAUCUUUAGGUGCCAGGCAAAACAUUUCUCUUCAACCAGGAAUUUGACUGAUUAACAUUCUGUGGCUUUUUAAAUGUGUUGGUGUAUAUGUGUGUGUGUUAUUUGUUUGUUUUUGUUUUAUUAUGUUCUCAUUUUGUAUUUUUCUGCUGGAAACCGCCCAGGGAUCUUUGGAUUAAGGGUAGUAUACAAAUUUCUUGCUGUUUUUGUUUUGCUUUGUUUUGUUUUGUUUAAAUAUAAAUAAACCACAACAUUUGUACCUUGCUCUUCUUACUCCAAGGAAAGGACCAAAGACAGGAACUUGUUCCAUGACACCAACAUUGUGGCAGCAGUCUUUGACCUGGUCCUAGCUGGGACAGAGACCACAGGCACCACAUUGCAGUGGGCUAUCCUGCUGAUGAUGAAAUACCCCGAUAUUCAACGUAAGCCAUACUUUUGUGUUUCAAAGUUGGACAGCGUUGCAUUCUGAUUUUUACUAUGAACCAGCCAAACUCUCGUCGCCGUGACAAAGAUGCACUGGGAGGGAUGAAUAAAAGGAGAGGUCCUAUUGUGGAUCGCGGUUUGAGUAGAUCACAGGAAGCAAAGAGUAGGAAUAAAUGGGAAGAUGUGGAAAGUGGAGUCCCCCAAGGAUCAGUAUUGGGACCUGUGGUUUUUAACUUGUUCAUGAACUAUCUAGAGCAGGGGUCAGCAGCCUAAGGCCCAUGGGCCACAAAUGGCCCAUGGGGGUCGUUUAACCGACCCAUGGACCCCUGCUGCCCACUCCUGCAGCCAAUGGGAAGCUCCUGCAGCCAAUGGGAAGCUGCGCAUGCCUCCUCCGCGCCAGAAGGAGCACCGGAAAUAGCGUUCGCUCGCGCACACACACACAGAGUCUCUGGCGCACCGGGGCGUCUGUGGGACCAUGAACCGGCCCAAGCCACAAAAACUUUGCUGACCCCUGAUCUAGAGUUAGAGGGGAUCUGUGAGGUGGCCAAGUUUGCUGACGAUACUAAAUUGUUUUUGUUUUUUUGGAUUACAAAGAUGGUUUAUUCAGCCAUUGUGUUGUGUCUAAGAGGUCAUAUAUAUAUAUAUAUAUAUAUAUAUAUAUAUAUAUUCAAAUACAAAACAAAAUUAUACACUCCAUACAUCUUAGUUACAUCUUAUUUCUCUUUUUUCGACUUCCCUCAACUUGUCUGCAAAUCCUUCAUAUUUUAACUUUAAACACAUUUCUAUUUUAUUGUUUAUAUUAUUACUGUAAACUUCAUCCCCUUUUAAUACUUAUUUCCCAUCACAAUGCUUCAUUAAAACUUACAAACGUAAUCUGAUUAUCACUUAAUUUUUGCAAAUAUUCAAUAAAUUUUUCCCAAUCUUCUGUGAAUCUUUGAUCUUGUCAGUUUCUGAUCCUUCCUGUCAUUCUGUCCAAUUCUGCGUAGUCUAUCAUUUUUGUUCUCCAUUCUUCUAAUGUAGGUAGCUCCUCUUGUUUCCAUUUCUGGGCCAUCAAUAUUCUUGCUGCUGUCACUGCAUAUAAAAAUAACUUCUUUUCUUUCUUGUUUAUCUCAUUACCUGUAAUGCCUAAUAAAAAUGUUUCUGGUUUCUUAGCAAAUGUAUAUUUCAACAUUUUCUUCAAUUCAUUAUAAAUCAUUUCCCAAAAGCUUUUUACUUUCUUACAUUCCCACCACAUAUGAUAAAAAGUACCUUCUUUUUCUUUACAUUUCCAACAUUUGUUACUUGUCUUGUACAUUUUUGCUAAUUUUACCGGAGUUACAUACCAUCGAUACAUCAUUUUCAUCACAUUUUCUUUUAUAGUUGUACAUGCAGUGAAUCUUAAACCUUCUUUCCAUAAUUUUUCCCAAUCUUCCAUUUGUAUAUUGUGUCCUAAGUCUUUGGCCCAAUCAAUCAUAACUGAUUUUACCUCUUCAUCCUUUGUACACCAUUCUAACAGUAUCUUAUACAUUUUUGCUAGAAUUUUAAAAUCAUUAUUCAAUAUUUCUGUUUGAAAUUUUGAUUCUUUAUCUGCAAAACCCCUUUGGUUCAAGUCUUUUUUAAACAUUUCAUUAAUCUGAAAAAAAUGCAACCAAUCAUUAACAUAUUCCUUAACUUCUUCAAAUGGUCUCAUUUUCCAUUUACCUUCUCUUUUACUUAUUAGCUUCUCAUAUGUCACCCAUCCCCCAGUCAUAUUGACUUUCUUCACACUCAUCGCCUCCAAUAGCGAUAACCAAUAUGGAGUUUUUUGUUCCAACAGGUUUUUAUAUCUUUCCCACACUUCAAUCAGAGACCUUCUUAUGAUGUGGUUUUCAAAUCCUUUAUGUACACGUUUCUUGUCAUACCACAAAUACGCAUGCCACCCAAUCUAUUAUCAAAACCUUCCAGCUCUAACUAAUCAGUAUCUUCUAAUUUCAUCCAUUCCUUCAACCAACAGAGGCAGGAUGCUUCAUAGUACAAUUUCAAAUCUGGCAGGGCGAAGCCUCCUCUUGCUUUCACAUCUGUCAAUAUCUUAAAUUUUAUCCUCGGCUUCUUACCCUGCCAGAUAUACCUUGAAAUUUCUAUUUGCCAAUUUUUUAAAAUUGCUGCCCCUUUGAUUACUGGAACCGUUUGAAAUAAGAAUAACAUCUUCGGUAGCACAUUCAUUUUAAUUGUUGCAAUCCUUCCCCAAAAUGACAAUUUCAUUCUUCCCCACACCUCUAGGUCCCUUUUGAUCUUAUUCCAAGUUGGAACAUAAUUAUUCUGAAACAAAUCAAUACUCCUGGGGGUUAACCAUACUCCUAAGUAUUUAACUUUCUUGACUACUUCUAUCUCUGUUUGUUGCUGUAGUCUAUUAAUUGCCUCUUGAUCUAUAUUUUUGGUGAUUGCUUUAGUUUUUUUCUUGUUCAAAAUAAAUCCUGCCAGCUGACCAAACUGAUCAAUUUCUUUCAACACUUCUGUUACCCUAUUCAUGGGGUCUUCCAAAGUUAAUACUAAAUCAUCUGCAAGAGCUUUAACCUUAUAUUCUUUUCGACCCACCGUUACCCCUUUUAUUUGAUCAUUACUUCUAAUUGCCCUUAAAAAGACUUCCAGGACCGCGAUAAAUAACAAUGGUGAUAGAGGACAACCUUGUCUUGUACCCUUAGUUAUUUUUAUGUUUUCUGUCAUCACAUUAUUAACUAUUAAUUUAGCUUUUUGAUCCAUAUAUAUUGCCUUAAUACCAUUUAAAAACAUUUGUCCCAUCUCCAUCAUUUCAAAGUUUUUUAACAUAAAAUCCCAAGAAAUAUUAUCAAAGGCCGACGAUACUAAAUUGUUGAGGGUCAUUAAACCAAAAAGAAAUUGCGAAGAGCUCCAAGGGGGCCUCUCCAAACUAUGUGAAUGAGUGAUAAAGCAGCCAUUGCAAGUAUAAAAGCCUGCGUUAAGUUGUUGCAUUCAUACCUGGUUCCACCUCUUUUUUUAUAAUAACUGUCAGAGAACUCCCAUUUCAGGGCAGGCACGAGAGGAAAUUGAAAGGGUCAUUGGGCUGGAACGCCUGCCCACCUCUGAAGACAGGAAGCAGCUGCCCUUCAACAACGCCAUAGUCCACGAGGUGCAGAGGUUUGCCAGUAUCCUGCAGCAGUUGCCCCGCUGCACCGCUGUGGACACUUGCUUCCGCGGCUACUUCAUUCCCAAGGUAGGAAGCUUGCCCUGCCGGCACGGCCAAGUGGGCAAGGUAGGCUGGGAGUGCACCAUGUCUGAAAGAGGACAUCUGGCGUCAAAGCUGACCUCCGAGGCUGCGUUCAGGCAGCACGUUCCUCUUUCCUGAUCUUCCCUGACCUGCCAAUUUCCAUGUUUCAUGUGAUCAUUCACACAAUGUAAAGUGGGGUCUAGCAGAAGCUUAGCACUAAUUACCACAAUAAUGGUGUCCAGGGAAAAAAUCCCGUUGCAACCCGAUUAGCUCAGAAAAUCGUGAGGUGUGCUUGUUUGUGUUGGAAUCUCACGUAAUUGGAAUUUCCCGACAUUUAAGCUUUAGUGCAGCAUGGUAGUAUAUCAGUCAAAAAGGCCCAGUUCUGUAACGCAGCAGGAACUGCAGAGUAAAAGGGUUGUUAGAACUCGGCACAGAAGCGCUAGCAUUAUAACCCAGAAAACAAAUGCAAUAAACUGCAUGUCUGAAUGCAGGCUGAAAAAGGAAGUUGUCUAAGGCCUUCCCUGUGUUCCUGCUGUGACUUUUCCUUCCUUGAGAACUUGAGAGGCAAUGUGGAGUAGUGGUUAGAGUGUCAGGAUAAAACCUGGGAGACUAGAGUUCAAAUCCUCACUUGGCCUUGAAGAUCAAUAAGAGGCUUUGAGGCAGUCAUUAUUUCUCAGCUGAAGCUCCCUCGCAGGGUUGUUGCGAGGAUAAAACAGAGACAACCAGGUAUGCCACCUUGAGCUGUUUGGCAGAAUGGUGGGAUUAUAAAUGAUUAAUAAUAAUAAUAAUAAUAAUAAUAAUAAUAAAGCUGUGGGCAAUGGAAUGCCUUCCCUCCGAUUCCCCCCCCCCAUUUAACAAUGUAAACUCUGCUUGCCUCCCAGGGCACACCCGUGAUCCCCUCUAUCACCUCUGUGCUGUAUGACAAGACCCAGUGGGAAACCCCCACCCAGUUUAACCCCAACCACUUUCUGGAUGCCGAGGGGAACUUUGUGAAGAAGGAUGCCUUCCUGCCCUUCACUAUAGGUAACACAAAUUCUUCCUGCAGGCAACAUGGUGCUUGAUGACGACCACCCUAUCUUCCAAGGGUAUAGCUAUGCUCUGCCUCCACUGUCAGAGGCCUUGUGUCUCUGACUACCCAUUGCUGGGAAUCGCAGGUGGGCAGAGCGCUGUUGCGCUCCUAUCCAGAUCGCAGGCUUCCCACUGGGGCAUCUGGUUGGCUGCUGCAAGAACAGGAUGCUGGACCAGAUGGGCCAUGGGCUCGUGUUCUUACACAACAGGCAGAUUCCCCUCCACUGAGUCAGUUCUUGGAAGUUCUAGGCAUGAGACAUGGAGACCACCUGGGAGUGCCGUGUAUGUGACCUGGCUUUAUUAUGAACAUGAGAAGAGACCAUAGGGAGAGAUCAGCUUCUUGCGGCCCCAGACACAGCCCUUGAGGACCAACAGGACCACAGCUAGCUAGGAGAGCAAGUGGCUGAUUUGGUCUGAGUGGCUGAACCUCAGAAAGCUCCAAGGAUGGCAGUGGUGUUGACCUGCACUCAUAUCCUCCCCUGGGCCGGGCUAUCCACCCAGAGCUCUGUCCCCUCUUGUCAAGGUCUUUAAAGGGGCAGUCUGCACACCUGCAGCUUUGGGCCGCAUCGCCACUCUGCCAAGGGUACCUGUGUGCGUUGCCAGGCAGGGAUGGAGAACAAGAGUCUCUCAGUGGUUCUUCUGAAGGUUCCCUGCCAGGGGUGACUGGCUUGGAGCUGGAGGCUGCUAGGUCCUGCCUCAGUGUCAGAGUCUGUGCCACUUCCCACAUCACAGCCCCUCUUGGCUCCCCAGGACUUAGGGCAUCUUCUUAUUAUCAGUGCUCCAGUCACUGGGUCCCAGCGACACUCCCUUGGAGUAUUAAGACAGGGCAUGCACUCACCAAAUAAUUGAUAAUGUUGUGCUCAACCGUAGUCUCCUAGGGUUCAGUUUCCUGGAAACUAAAGUCCAUGGAGACUGUGGUGUCUUUAGGACGUAUGGUUUUGUUUACACGUAUCUGUAACCUGAGCAAUGGAUGAAGGGUCUUGCAGCAUUAACACACCAGCUGGUCUUGCCUCCCCCUUAGGGGUCCAGGGGAUUCCCCCAACUCGGGUUUGGAUUCAGCACAGAGCAAGAUGUGCCUCUGUUUCUUUGGCUUCCAGCAUCAGCCCAAGUCACACACACAACUCUCCCAUACACAGCACCUCCCCUGCCUUGGCCUUGUCGUUCUCCAUCCUUGGAUGAGAGUGCCAUCCAGCCAGGUGAGGUGGGAAAAGCUCCACUCAUUUGUCUCUAUGACAACCUCUUGUGAAUGGACAUGUGAGUGGUGGCACUUAACUGGCCGACUAAGACCACUACAGUAACAAAGCAACCAGGUUGGCUGAUUGACCAGGUUCCUUCCCAAGUUUGGAACUGACCCAUGGGUAUCAUCCGGACUACCACUGCCCCACCCCGCAAAAGAACUUACAAAAAUAAUAUUGCAAACUGAUGGACUCUUGCUUCUAUUUGCCGUUUUCAUUGAAAGUCCAAACCACUGGUUUGUUGCAGGCCGUAGGAAUUGUCCCGGAGAAAGCCUGGCCUUGAUGGAGAUCUUCUUGUUCUUUGUUGGGUUGCUCCAAAGGUUUACGUUUUGUCCUCCUCCUGGAAAGACUGUUUCAGAUUUGGACCUCACCGCCGAAGUCACCUUCACACUGAGGCCCCAAGCUUACUCUACCUGUGCUGUGCACUAAAAGGAGAACAGCUUGUCCCAGUGGAAGUGUUCUUUUGUCUCAUUUGCCCAGGUGAAUGUUCAGAAUGUGGGAGAUUACAAUAUGCACACCUGCUAGUUAGUGCUUACUAACUUACAGCACAUGCUUGGAAUUGUAUUCUGUACUUUCUGUCCAAGAGUGUUCUGCUUAUGCUUUCCCCCGCAGCUGCGUGGAACAACACAUGUAUCAGGCCUAUGAAUAUGUAAGUAAAACAUUCUAAACUUGCUUUAAAAAAAAAUCUUUAUUGAAAGUUCAAAAAGUACAUAAUUAUAUGUGCACUAAACACACUGAGACGUAAAUAAAAGAGAGAAAAAGAGAAACAGAACCCAUGUAGAAGGGAAAAUGAAGGGGGGAGGGGAAAACCCAAAACUGUGUACUUUAUAAGGUUGUUAAUGUACUUCACCAGAUCUUAACCUAUUAUAAUAUUUGUAAGAAUGGAUUCUAAAUAUCAUUGAAUUUCUCCAUAGCAAGUCUGCAUUUAUAUGCAAGUUGUUCAUAUGUUGAGAGUUUGUAUAAGUCUUCAAUCCAAUUGUAGAAGGGAGCUGCAUUUUCAUUUUCCCAGUUCAUCAGGAUCAGUCUUUUUGUUGUGGUAAGGGCACGGAGAGACCACUCAUAUUGUCCUUUUGUAAGGUUCCAUGUGCUAGGUAUAUCAUUCAAGAGGAUAUUUUGCUCUGUAAAUGUUAGGUUGUUUCAUACAGAUCUGUUAAUAGUUUUAGUUACCUUCUGCUUGGAAUUAUAUUCUGUACUUUAUAUCCAAGAGUGUUCUGCUUGUGCUUUUCCUUGCCGCUGCAUGAAACAACACACGAUGCCUUAUGAGGAACGGCUAAGGGAGCUGGGCAUGUUUAGCCUGGAGAAGAGGAGGUUAAGGGGUGAUAUGAUAGCCAUGUUCAAAUAUAUAAAAGGAUGUCACAUAGAGGAGGGAGAAAGGUUGUUUUCUGCUGCUCCAGAGAAGCGGACACGGAGCAAUGGAUCCAAACUACAAGAAAGAAGAUUCCACCUAAACAUUAGGAAGAACUUCCGGACAGUAAGAGCUGUUUGACAGUGGAAUUUGCUGCCAAGGAGUGUGGUGGAGUCUCCUUCUUUGGAGGUCUUUAAGCAGAGGCUUGACAACCAUAUGUCAGGAGUGCUCUGAUGGUGUUUCCUGCUUGGCAGGGGGUUGGACUCGAUGGCCCUUGUGGUCUCUUCCAACUCUAUGAUUCUCUGAUUCUAUGAUUCUAUGUAUCAGGCAUAUGAAUAUGUAAGUAAAGCAUUCUAAACUUGCUUAGUAGUGUGUGGUUUGUUCCUUGAAAAAGGGAUAGAAAGAAGAGAACAUUGUAAAUGGGAUAAGAAGGGUCAAACAAACUAUAUCCCUAAUGCUUCACAGUGCUGCUUAACUUUUGUGAGUUUAAUAUUUUUCCUACUGGGGGCUCUCUUGUGUGCAGGCCUUUUGUUUCGAAUCCAGGCACAUAGCUGAUUCUUUAGUUGUUCACCCACACAGUGGGUCCACAGGGAUUAAUAAAUUUCUUUCCUGACACAGAAGUCAUUAUCCUGAGACAAUAACCCUUGUCUGUACAGAGAGGGGAUUCUUGGAAUUGGUGCUUCAGAAACAUACCGGCUCUCUUGGAUUAUCUACAGGUCACAGCUUUCUUUUCCUUUAUGGAGUGAUGAACUCCAACCAACAGAGGGGACAUCCAUCCUUUGUUCCUCGUGCCCAGAGCCUUCCUGCCCACCUCCUGUUCUCUUCAAACUCCUGCUCUAAGUCUCCUUUUCUGUGCAGCCUUCAACCUAACCUCCGAGGGUUAUUUCCCGUUGAUGCUGAAACUGCACCUGCACUCCACCAUUUCAGGCUGCUACAUCACUCUUUGUAACUGGUGGUCCUCAGGGCUGGACCUGAGACCUGCAUGCCAGGGACCUUCUGCCUUGCCUGGGGAAAGUGAGAAAAGGGCUGUGUGGGCACACUAUACAGUGGACGCUCGGGUUGCGAACAUGAUCCGUGUGGGAGGCACAUUCACAACCUGCAGCAUUCGCAACCCGCAGCGUUGCGUCUGCGCACAUGCGGGUUGUGAUUCGGCGCUUCUGUGCGUGCGCAAAGUGUGAUUUAGUGUUUAUGCACAUGCACAAGCACCAAAACCCGGAAGUAACCUGUUCUGGUACUUCUGGGUUCGGCACAGUGCGCAACCCAAAAACGUGCAACCCAAAGCAUCUGUAACACAAGGUAUGACUGUACAUGGAAACCACAUUCCUUUUUUUUAAAUUAACAUAUAGAACGCAUACAUUUACAUUUACACAAUACAUAUACCCAACAUACUAUCUUAUUUUCAUAGCAUAAAACAUACCUACAUUACUCUAUAUAAUACCUACCUAUACUAUACAUAUCAGCAUACCUACACACCUACCCCACAUGGACACCCACCGAGUGACUUGACUUCCAGCCGUUCUUGUUUUUAUUUAUUUUGUUUUUCCAGUUAGCUUAAAUGCAUUUCAUUAAUUUCUUUAAUCUCUUCUAUCUUAAUUUUACUCUCCUUUCACUCUAAUCAUUUUCUGGAUUCACUCAAUAUCUGUCAAAGGUUCUACUUUUUCCACAUAGAUUUUGAUGUAUUCCUUAAAGAUAGCACACUCCUUAUUCACUUUUUGUACCAUAUCUCCUCUUAUCCUCCCUGUUAAUUCGGCAAUAUAAAAGUAUUCCAUCGUUUUAGAUAGCCAGUCUGUUUUAGUUGGGACGCUGCUGCUUUUCCAAUUUUUGUCAAUUAAUAACCUUUCCGCCAUAGUCACAUACAUAAAUAUUGGUCUGACUGUUUAUUUAUUUCCUCUCACAUGAUAUCUAGGAGAAAGAAUUCUGGGUUUUUUCCAAAUGAAAAUUAAUUGUAUUGAUUGUUAUUGUUUUAUGGAUUGUUUUACCACAUUCCUGGCACAUUCUUCCCCUCAAAGAAUCCCAGGCCCUGUAGUUUACCAUGCUCAGAGUUACGAUACCCAGCAAUCCUCAAUGAACUGCAGUUCCCAGAAUCCUUUUGAGAGCGGAAAGUGCACUGAAUGUGCUUUAAAUAUAUAGUGUGUGCACAGCCUUAAGGGUCCACAGAUAUCAGUUUGGAUUAGGAGUGGGGCCUUGUCAGAAAAUCUGAAGCAUCUACACUGGCUGCGCAUCUGCUAUUGAACUAGAUUCAAAGUCCUUGCAUUAAUUUACAAAGCUCUGAACAGCUUAAGUCCAGGCUACCUUAGUGAUCACUUGAACCCUUACAUCUCAGCUCGAUCACAGAGGACAUCUGCAGGAGCAUCUCCUUUCCUUCCCCAAGUUGGUGAGGCUCAAUUGACCACAAAGAGAAACUGAACCAAUUGUGUCAUCGGUCCAGUCUGGUGGAACUCCUUGCCAAUAGAGAUUCAGCGGGCACCUUCUGUGCCAACUUUUAAUACAUCUUUCCAUAACAGUUAGCUGAUUUGUAAAUGUGGCUUUUUAUCCAGUUUUUAUUGUAUGGUUUCAUGUAUAAUUGUUGUAAACUGCUCCAUAUUUUCUUAAAUGAAUAGUGGAAUACAGUCAUACCUCGGGUUACAGCCACUUCAGGUUGUGUUUUUUCGGGUUAGGAACCGCCAAAACCCGGAAGCACUGGAACGGGUUACUUCCGGGUUUCGGCAGUCGCUCAUGCGCAGAAGUGCCGAAUCACAACCUGCACGUGCGCAAACACGCCGCUUCGGGUUGUGAACGCUGCGGGUUGUGAACAUGCAUCCAGCACAGAUAACGUUCGCAACCCGAGCGUCCACUGUACAAAAAUUUUCAUAACUAAAUAAGAUCCGAAGUUUCCAAGAGGAGACAUCUGCAGGAGGGUUUUAUAAUAUUGUUUUAUGCAAUGGUUUUAAUCAUUCAAGACACGCACACGGUACUUGCAUUUUAAGUACACAUUUAAUUUUUUCUGUGCAAAGCACUGUAUACCCUUUAUGUUUGUGCAUGCACUGUGGUGACUGUAUGUCAUUUAUUGCAUGACCAUAAUCUGUAACAUCAUAACAUUGGGGGUGGGGGGGAAAUAGACAGUCCUUGCUGGUCCUUUCCAACCCUACCACUCUGAUUAUAAAUGUUCCUGCCAC